AAAGAGACUAGAGGUGAUAUCCCAACUGUUAUUGAUAUUAUAGUAAGUUUACAACAUUGCUUUUCACUGUGUAAGAGUAAACAAGACCGACCUGCAAAUCACAAAUUUUGAACAAACACCAACAUUUUUUUUUUUUGGCAUUUUGCCAUCAGACAGAAUAGUAUACUGGACGCGGAUAGGCAUAUUGUAUAGGCUUCUUUUUUUCAUUUUCAGGCUAGAAAUACUAGAUGAUUAAGCUCUAAGGAUUGUGAAACUAAAGAAAAGGUAAAGAGAUUUUAGUUUAUGUGGAGAACUGUGCAUUUAUAAACAGCUUUGAAUACAUAUGACAUAACAGGCAGCACCACAUGGUUUUGCCUUUUACCAGCAAAACAUUAUCUUUUCACAAGAAACUUAUCAUCUUCCAUACAUUUGAACAGGAUUAAUUAAUAAAUUUAAGGCCCUGUAUCAACAUGACCAACAGACAACAGCACAUGGAUUUGCCUUCGGUUGUUAGAGGCAAAAAUUCAACUACAACUCAAAGCGUCUGUCCAGCCUCUUGGAUAAAUAAUCCCCCUUCCAUAAGACUUUUCAUCAUCAACCACAAGCAUUUUCUAUUCAGCUAUCAAACGUCUCCAACUUUCUUGCUUCCAAUCUUCAAGCGAAAACAAUGCUAAGUGUUAAGAAACUCAUUAAGAUGGCUAGGACAUGGCAGAAGUUCGCAGCCAUGCAGAGGAAGAGGAUUUCACUUCCAAGAAAUGGAAAUGAGGCAGAAAGUUGCAGUACGUCUUCAUCAUUUAUAGCCGGAAAAGGCCAGUUUGUAGUGUAUACAACUGAUCAAAGACGCUUUCUGAUUCCAUUGGCUUAUCUGGAAAAUAAGUUCAUUUUGCAACUUUUAAACAUGUCUGAAGAAGAGUUUGGUCUGCCAAGUGGAGGCCAUAUUAUAUUAACGUGUGAUUCAGCUUUCAUGGAAUACAUUGUUUCACUAAUCAAGAAAGGCGCAACUGCUGAAGAUCUUCAUAAAGCAUUGCUCUUCUUGAUUAGUUCAAGUUGCUCUUCAACUUCUUCUUUGCACCAAGAAUGGGGAAACCAGCAACUCCUUGUUUGUUGAAUCAUGUUCAUUAUCUUUAGUAAAGGAUAGCUCAAAAUAGAUUUUAUAUAUAUCAGAUUAAAAGUAGGUAGUUGAAACUGUGUAUACAAAUGGAAUCAAGAUUUAUAUGAAAUUUAACCAGAUUGAAAUCUUUCAUUUCUCAA